AUGUGUCCUUUAAAGGAAUGGUUUUCUGAGUUUGUUGACCUCAAUGGAGGGCAAAUUCAGAUGAGGAAUGACAUUAGUUGUCAAAUAGAAGGUAUUGGUAAAGUUAAGUUGUUGUUAGAUAACAACUAUGCUCUUGAAUUAGAAAAUAUAAGAUAUGUUCCUGAACUCAAAAGGAAUCUUAUUUCUUUGGGAGAAUUAGAUGAGAAAUACAAUAUCUAUAUUCACAAGGGUCUUAUAAGCUUAACUUUAGGAGAAAAGAGAGUCAUCUCCUCUUCAAAAAUAAAUGGAAUUUACACUGUCCAUGCUAAGCCUGUUUUAA